GCUGGAAAGCCUUCACAAUAGCCAAGAUUUCGAUGGGGAAAGUCUGUCUCAGAAUGCUUGCCACCGAAAAAGGCAUUAUUGAAGGUGAUCCAACUCUCUCACAAAGUGCGUGGGAGAUGCAAAGUCGUUGGCCGAUCAUUUGGGGUCAGCCCGCAGUAGGACCCGAUCUUCUGAGAAAGCUGCUCGCCGCCUUUCCUUGGACAAAUCUGGCGUCUUCUUGGACGUACGUGAAGUCUUCUUCUGGUGCCAUGUGAGGAUGUAGGGAAGAUGAAACCCCGGAUCAGGGAAAAAAUUGCACAAGUGGAUAAAUUUUCUAGGUCUCAAUGAGCAGGCACAUAUUAUAUAAUUGUACUCCAAAUGAUUCUCCACAGCUAAUUAUUCCAUCUCUAUGACUACAUAUAAUAUUAUAUUAGCCUACAUCAUUUUCCGGGUCCAAUGCUCGCAGCAGCCCCACGUUGCCAUGUAAAGAAUGCUUUUCUUCAUCCUUUUUACAACUAUCGACAUUUGGCUCAUGUUUGCGCCUUAAGCUUCAUAUUCAUAUUCAAUGGUUGAAUGGCUCAAUGGUAGACAUGACAAAAACAAAACCAUCUGGCAUUGGGCGGCUUAGUUAACAACCGGAAAAGAAAUGCCCCGCCUCUUAAAAAGACAAAGAAGAAAACAUCCUUUUUCAAACCCAACGUCGCGAGGACCACGAACACACAGCACGCACUGGCCACAAAGUGCAUCAUCAAUUUAGUCCAGGUGAUGGAACGCAUACUUGAUUUUCUGGAAAACGUUUCGGCUCUUCAAAUACUUUGUGAUAGAACUGAUGGGCGGAUCUGGGAGUGCCACUGCCAGUCGUGUCCUUCUCCUUAUCAUUUUAAAAAGAGGAACAACUCGUGUACCUUAUCAGCCUUUCACCACAUAGGUCAUAGAAUAAGAAAAGAAGAACAUCAACAACGGGUGGUGAUCAGGUCAGAGCAAUUUUUGUUGCAUCAUACUUGCUGCGAACACGUCAAUCAUCAGCCAUGGUUAAUUAGGUUCAUACAAACAUCAAGACUUAAUUAGAAGACUUUCUGAAGUCUGCGUAGCCCGCUGCUAAUUAGUUGAGUCAACUCCGUUGGAAGGGCUCCCCAGUUAGAAAAGAAGGAAAAAGCCCACUCUGACGGCUAUGAGACUCACUCGUCGAUGCAAAAGAAAAAAAAAAAAUUAAGUAUAAGUAACCCAUCUUCCCCCACCCUCUCCUUACCAUUCUUCCCCUCACUGCGUUCAGUCAGUCUUGGAAUGGCUGAUAUGGCUGGCCAUAGCCAUAGCCUUAUCCUUAUCCUUCUUUUUCCUUUGUUCCUGGUUACGAUCAAGGGCCAGAGUCCAUAUUACAGCUGCCCGGAAUCUGCUCUGACCUACAAGACCAACAGCAAAUUCGAACGCCACCUGAACCAACUGUUAGCCUCCCUAACAGCCAACGUCGCCCCCACCGGCUUCUACAACGACACGGUAGGGAACGGCCGGAACCAGGUCCAUGGCCUCGUGCAGUGCCACCCGGACGUCUCCGCAGACGACUGCAAAACAUGUGCGACCUCCGCUGCGUCCCAGAUCAUCCAGGUGUGCCCCAGCAAGAAAAUGGCCGUCAUCUGGUUCGACAAUUGCCUUCUGCGCUAUAACAGCUUCAAUUUCUUUGGAAUAGUGGACCAGUCGAAGCUCGCCUUGGUGAACGUCGAGGACAUCUACCAGCCCACCAAAUUCAAGCCGCUCAUGCUCUCCGUGUUCAGAAACCUUGCUGCGUCGGCUACCACCAACAGCUCCAGCCUUAGGUACGCGACCGCAACUGUGGCGUACACGAAGAACAUCACCCUAUACAGCCUGAUGGAAUGCACGAGGGACUUGUCCUCCAGUUCCUGCAGCUACUGUUUGAGAACGUCCUUAACUUCCAUCUAUCAGUGCUGCUCGGACAAACAGGGUGCCAGAGUUCUGUCUGGAAGUUGCGUGAUAAGGUACGAGAUCUACCCUUUCUUUGGGAACGUGCUGCCACCUUCGGCCGGUGCCCAACGAGAAGGAAGGGCGUAAGUCUGGAAACUUCAAUCGCCGCCACUGAUAUAUAUAUGUGUGUGUGGUUUGUAAAAGAUAAAGUGUUGAAAGAAUAAGCUUGUUCAGGAUCAAAAUGCCAAGUAUGUUGUAUGCCUGAUCCAAGGUCAAUAGGAAUAAGGAGAGCUUAAGUUUUACCUCUCUUUGCCUGUUUAUCAUGGAAGCAUGGAAAGAUGCUAUGGCCUGCUCCAAAUAAGGGUCCAUUUGUUAGGCCAGCCGCAUGGCAGUUUGCAAAUUAA